UUUGGCAUGUAGUAUUGAUUUAGUUUAUAAAAUUUAUAAUUAAAAUUUAAAGGAACUAUCUAGAAAAUCUCAGUUUCUAGCGCAAUUAUAUAAAACAAAAUAUUGAAUUUAGUUUAUUUGAUCGCAUCGGCCCAUCUACGUCCUAUCCAGAAAUAGUUGUAUUUAUUUGGUAACGUUUUUCGAACUUGGGAGACAAGGCUGUUAAGUAGAAUGUCUACAAAAACAAUAGCGGAUCAAGAAAGUACAAUUAAAGAUUCCUUAUUUGAGUUUGUUAAAAAGCAUAUCCCCGAAGCAGAUUUAAAUCUAAUUGAUGAAAUAGUUUUGUCCUAUGUAAUAGCAUUCCUGGAAGAUGUUGGAUCUGACUCCCAGUUUGAUGUAGAAGGUUUUUGUGAAAUGAUGGAGGCUUAUUUUCCAGAAUUUGGAAAUAUUAACCAUAGUAUUGUCUGUGAGUGGAUGUUUGAUUUGGAGGAAAAGUUGAGAAAAAUGGAUGAAUCAGAGGAAAAAAGCCCCAAUCUGGAAAUUAGUUUACCAGAGAUUGUCCCUGCCAAAGUAAAAGUCAGAUCUAAUAGCAAUUCAGAGAGUUUUGAAACUCCUAAAAGGAUUCACAAGCUUUCUGAAAUGAGCGAUGGAGGAUCUACGGAUAGUUCCUGUUGUGAUUUUCCAGAUGAGAUGGAUAUAUUGCAAGAAAUGUUUCCGUCAGUUUGCACUAUUGAGGUGAAACAUUGUCUGGCCAUUGCUGCCGGUGACAUAGAACGUGCCACACAAAUCCUGAUCGAUCGUCAGGAGAAUGGUCAGUGCCUGAGCCAAAACACUACAUUAACGAUUCAAGUGGCCAAACAAACCAUCGACGAUGCCGAAAUUAAAAGCCGAAUUAUCGAGAGAUAUUCUUAUAUCGAUAAGGACGCUUUAAAUAAGGAAUAUCGUCCGGUCGCGCCCAAGGUCGAACCUAAGAAACUGGUCCGCUACCGCGACAACAAGAUCGUCAGCCUCAAAGGCGAGCGCUACACCGAGGUGAAGAAGGGCGACGACGUCGAGGACAUCUCGCUGAAGAAAAACAAAAAGGGCCAAGCCCACUCCCCGUAA